AUGGGGAGCUACAAGAUGUGCCUCUGCUUUACCCGCAAGUUCCACGCGGCGGAGUGUGAGCUUCCCCCAGACGUGAAGGACGUCUUCGCGACCUACGCCGAGGGCGGCACCCAAAUGAACCCCGAGCAGCUCCGCCGCUUCCUCGUCGAAGUCCAGAAGGAUGCUGGGGCCACCGUGGCCGACGCCGUGGGGAUCGCGGACCAGGUUCGGCAUCGAAGACCGCGCCACCACAUCGGCAAGCCGUCCAGGCUCCUCUCCCUCGAGGACUUUCACUUUUUCCUCUUGUCCGAGGAACUCAACUCCCCCAUUCAUCCCCAGGUGAUUGAUCUCACAUCUCAGCCUCAUCUCGUUCAAUUUUGGUCCUCCCUGUGCAACGAAACUGGAUCGUCGCUAACGGUUUCCGCUGGAAGCAAGCUGAAGAUCAGUCCGAGAAAUGUGGAGUAAUACGCAGAAAUGAGCGGAUCCUAACAUAGAAUACAUGAAGCUUGAUUGAUUCCAAGCACUCCGGUACUCCUUGAUCGGAAUCAAGAGAUCAGCACCCCUUGAUCACUUACUUUAAUCGAUCGCCUCUAUUUACUCCCGAUCCUUAUACUUGCUGCCAAAAAAUUUAGUCUCCUUUCCCGGUACGAACCUCUGACAUUUGCCAGCAUGCAUUCCAAAUCAUUAGGAUCAUAUCCAGCUCCUAGUAAUGUAGGGUCACGAUGCUCAGAGUUGAUGUAGCUGUUAGCGUACAGAGUCAUCAGGGUGAAGUUUCUGUGCUUGUAGAGAUGGUCCGACACUCCUUGAAAGGUUUGGUUUGGCCUUCCAAUAACCGGAGAUGGUCCAGUAUAUUUCAUCACACCAUGCGCAUCAUCUUGUGAGCACACAUCCCAUCCAAAUUAUAAUAUGCAUUUGCAGAAAAGCCGAAGGGCCAAAUGAAGGCGGGGUCAAACUCGUGGUAUACUUUUGUGAUCUGAAGCUUGUGACCAAUUUAUUCGUCAACAUAAGAAAGUCAAACAUGCCGCAUGUAUUUUAUUUUAGUAAGCUCUCGGCCCAAGAAUAAUUUCAGAUGCUCAUCAUGAUGUGCAGCGGCAUGUAGCUCUUCAUGGAUUUAAAAAUUAUUGGUUGCAGAAUUCAGGAGGCAACAGUAUCCGUCGUGUUGUCCCUGGGUUGAUUACUUACAGGCUGGUAUCAAAUUAAUAUAAUUGGUUGUCAUCGCAUGAAUAUAAUAAAUUUCCGAAGAUAUAUUUUAUUUCACUUUCAGUGAGCUUUUGCGUUUUAACUUGGAAAAGUGGUUAGUAUGGUUCAAUAAGCAUAAUUUCCGACGGGGUAAAUUUUCUUUCACUCUGAGCAACGUUUUCGUUUGCAGAAUUCAGAGCGCAAUAGCAUCCGCCAAACUGACUAAUGAGCAUUCAGUGAACUAUCAUGCACUUUGCGUGCCCCAUUUUUGACUGAGACCAUUUUCAUUUCGUAGCACACCACUAGUUGGAUGCUUUUGCAGAUGAUAACUCGUAAAUUGGCUGCUAUCUAUACGUCUUGGUGCCUUCAGUUUGCUCUUAGAGAUAGUGAAAAUUUCAGAUCGAAUCGGGCAUCGGCCUAAUGUCUUCAUGUUUUGGGUCGCAGGUGCAUCACGACAUGACUGCUCCAUUGUCGCACUACUACAUAUACACAGGUCACAAUUCCUACUUAACUGGUAACCAGCUCAGUAGUGACUGCAGUGAUGUCCCGAUCAUAAAAGCCCUUCAAAGGGGUGUCAGAGUAAUUGAGCUUGAUAUAUGGCCCAAUUCUAAGAAAGACAAUGUCGAUGUUCUUCAUGGAAGGUACGUCUUAUCAAUAUCCAUCGAAUUUGAACAUUCUUCCAUUGAUUGUUGCCGCAUGAGUGCUCUGACAAUCGGCGAGAGCAAUUCAUGACAAAAUAGAUGAACUUUGAUGAAGCCCUUUUUCAUGGUAUCAUGUUCUUCGCAAUUGAUAGGUACACAAGGUGUACUUAUGAAAUUUUUUUGUAUAAGUCAUAUCGAUUCACUAUCCUCUGUAUCUUUCAGUCAGUACAAGAGCAAACCCUAGUCAGGCAUGCCAACCCUUAGAAUUAUGGCGCAUGUGGAACUUGGCGUCAAUGGGCCAAACCUCUUAGUCUAUCUCGAGAGUCCAAAGCACCGCUUGACAGCCAAGGCAUAUAGCAAAACAUAGAAAGUAAACUUUAGCCUGGGUCCUGAAGGUUUUCGGAAGCCUAGAUCUGAUCUGGUCUGUCCAGCCACGCGGUUGGAUAGUGGAUUGGGGAAGGCUCUGGGUGUCAUUGUUUUCAGUGCUGGUGUGACACCCUUGACAUGGACGAACUCACCGCCACGAGCUCCCUUAUGGCAACCAGGCUCUGAGUGGUAAAGCAUCAGAUGGUCUGGGGCUAGCUGGUGGGCUGGUGUGGCGUAUCGAUAAUCUUAUGAAUUCCAAUCUUAUCUCCCUUUGUUUGUGACGCCUGCUGCCUUUCAGGAAACGAAGUGGAGAUAAAUUUUCUUAGAAGCCUUAGUAGUUAUAUUCUUCGCUGACAAUGUAAAGCUUGUGUAACCUUUUCCACUAUAUGAGAUCCUUUUAGCCUGCUGUUGGUCAAUAUAUUCUGGUUAUGCUCUUGGGAACUGUGGCGACUCAAACAUUUCCUUCAUCUUUGUAGGACGUUGACUGCCCCUGUAGAACUCAUUAAAUGUCUGAAGUCAAUCAAAGAGUUUGCGUUUGUUGCAUCUCCGUACCCCGUUAUUAUAACCUUAGAGGAUCAUCUCACCCCAGAUCUCCAGGCCCAAGUCGCCAAGGCGAGUUUUUGUUGACUUUUCGACAUUUUCUCUUCUUUUUAUAUAUAUAUAUAUUUAUAUAUUUGUGAUCCGGGGAAUUCAUCCUUUCCUGGUAAUUACAGAUGGUCACUGAAACAUUUGGCGACAUGCUCUACUAUCCCGAGUCUGCAAGCCGAGAAAACUUUCCAUCGCCAGAAGCCUUGAAGAAGCGGAUCAUCCUUUCGACCAAGCCACCAAAAGAGUACCUGGAGUCCAAGAUCUCAAAAGACGAUGAAAGCGAGUCUCAGAGAGGGAAGGCGCCCUCUGACGAGGAGGCAUGGGGAAGGGAGGUUCCUGAUAUUAAAGCUGAGCUCGAGUAUGAUGAUAAGGUGUGCCUUGGCCCAGUCGCCGACUCUUCUUCUGGUAACAUCUCCUCACCUUACUUUCUUUCUGUUGUGUGAAGAACGGCGAGGGCGACGAAGAAUGCGAAGAUGAAAAUGACGGCGACGAGGAUGACGAUAAGAAAGUGGGCCAGAAUUCUUCACCCGAGUACAAACGUCUGAUUACUAUUGCUGCCGGGAAGCCCAAGGGUACCCUGAAAGAUGCACUAAGGGUGGAUCCUGACAAGGUCAGGCGCCUCAGCUUGAGCGAACAAGAGCUGGUGAAGGCUACGGUAUCCCACAGCAGAGAAGUAGUGAGGUGAGACGAGAAACCACCGCUGCGAUUUUCAUAUUAAUUUAUUAUAUAUAUGUUUUCUUUCAGAAAUUGUGGAUGUGAAAGGAUGGAAUUCUUCAAUCUAUUUCUGUGGCAUGGUUGCUGAUCACUCCUCUUUUUUCUUUUUUUGGUAGAUUCACUCAGAAGAAUAUUCUCAGGAUUUACCCGAAGGGUACUCGUUUCAACUCAUCGAACUACAAUCCUUUCAUUGGGUGGAUGCAUGGGGCUCAGAUGGUCGCCUUCAAUAUGCAGGUUUUUAUCUAUCUCUAUAUUAUUAUUAAUAUAUUCCUGAAUUCCGAUAGUCAAAUGGGGGAAACGCAUUAUUUUCACCCUAAAAAAGAUUUCUUUUUUUAUCCUAGUUUCCUCAACCUCCGACCCUUUAAUCCUUCACUUUCUCGCUCUAAAAUGAUGGUCUCUCUUGACACGUUGGCAGGGAUACGGUCGGUCUCUCUGGCUGAUGCACGGGUUCUACAAGGGGAAUGGAGGGUGCGGCUUCAUUAAAAAGCCCGACUUUCUGAUGACCCAUCAAGGCGAAGAGGUCUUUGACCCCUCGACGAAUCGACCCGUCAAGAGAACCUUGAAGGUGAUCCUCGCUGACCCACACAUAGUUCAUAAAACCCUAAAAAUGCUGCGCCAUUGAUCUCCACUCCUGAAUCUCGAACAGGUGAAAGUAUACAUGGGAGAUGGCUGGCGUCUGGACUUCAAGCAGACCCAUUUCGACGCUUUCUCUCCCCCUGAUUUCUACUGCAGGGUCAGAAAAUAAUCUCUCUCUCUCUCUCUCUCUCUCUCUCUCUAUUUCUCUCUCUUUCUCUCUCUUCUGAUGGGUGUAGCUUCUCGAAUUGCAGGUGGGGAUCGCGGGGGCGCCGGCGGACAGCGUGAUGAAGAAGACGAAGACGAUAGAAGACUGCUGGGUGCCCGCGUGGAACGAGGAGUUCGAAUUCCCCCUGACGAUUCCAGAACUCGCCGUUCUGCGACUCGAGGUGCAUGAGUACGACAUGUCGGAGAAGGACGAUUUCGGCGGCCAGACCUGCCUGCCCGUCUCCGAGUUGCGACCCGGCCUCCGAUGCGUCCCGCUCUUCGACCGCAAAGGCAACAAGUUCAAGUCCGUUAAGCUGCUGCUCCGCCUCCAGUUCGAAUAG